GCCUCCCGCCGCCGCACUUUCACUCUCCAUCAGCCGCAGCACCCGCUCCGCGUCCGGCCCGCGUCUCGCGCUCUUCUGUCUGCCCGCCAGCGCCAUGAACGCCAAGGUCUUGGUCGUGCUGGCCCUCGUGCUGACCGCGCUCUGCCUCAGCGACGGGAAGCCCGUCAGCCUGAGCUACAGAUGCCCAUGCCGAUUCUUUGAAAGCCAUGUUGCCAGAGCCAAUGUCAAGCAUCUCAAAAUUCUCAACACUCCAAACUGUGCCCUUCAGAUUGUGGCACGGCUGAAGAACAACAACAGACAAGUGUGCAUUGACCCGAAGCUAAAGUGGAUUCAGGAGUACCUGGAGAAAGCUUUAAACAAGAGGUUCAAGAUGUGAGAGGGUCAGACGCCUGAGGAACCCUUACAGUAGGAGACCAGCUCUGAAACCAGUGUUAGGGAAGGGCCCGCCACAGCCUCCCCUGCCAGGGCAGGGCCCCAGGCAUUGCCAAGGGCUUUGUUUUGCACACUUUGUCAUAUUUUCACCAUUUGGUUAUGUAGCAAAAUAUAUGACAUUUAUUUUUCAUUUAGUUUGAUUAUCCAAUAUCACUGGUGACACAUAGGAGGUUAGCCUAAGGCCAUUAUUGUACUUGCCUUAAUAGAGUGUCUUUCCAUGGAGUCGAUCCUUUGACUCAGGGCUACUGGGUUUUGUAUUCUCUGAGCUGUGCAGGCGGGGAGCCUGGGCUGAGGGAGCCUCGUCCCCAUGGUCAGCCCUAGGCUGGAGGGCCACCAGGAGGGAUGCCUGGGGGUGCCAGGACCAGUUAUCCUGGGCAAAGCCUAGUGAAGCCUGCUCUCUGUGGGAUGGGAUGGCGGAGGGCUGUACAUGAGGCUCACCCUCUUCUCCAUCCACAUGGGAGCCAGGUCUACCUCUUCUGGGAGGGUGGCAGGGCUCCCCUGAGCUGAGGCAGCAGUGUGAGGCCAGGGCAGAGUGAGACCCAGCCCUCAUCCUGAGCACCUCCACAUCCGCCACGUUCCGCUCAUCAUUCUGUGUCUCAUCCAUCGUCAUGUGUGUCCGAGACUGUCUCCAUGGCCCCGCAAAAGGACUCUCAGGACCAAAGCUUUCAUGUAAACUGUGCACCAAGCAAGAAAUGAAAAUGUCUUGUGUUACCUGAAAACACUGUGCACAACUGUGUCUUGUUUGGAAUAUUGUCCAUUGUCCAAUCUUGUGUUUUUGUUCAAAGCCAGUGUCCUCUGUGAACAGUGUCUUAGUGCAUGAACUGUUCCCCGUAUGCAGCCGCUGAGCGAGGUGAUGCCCCUUGGUCCCUUUGAGUGUGGUCCUGAUCGGAGCCAUGGUCCUUUGGGGUGAACUGCCUUGGUCCCCCCACUGAUGACAAAGCCAUAGUGGGUCCAUGGGCAGAGCCCAAGGGAAUUCAGUGUGCACAAGAGUUGACCCCAGAGGAUGUCUGCCCCUCAGUGCUCUCUCACUUGUCAGUACCUUCAAACUGGGGCCAAGCCCAGCACUGCUUGAGGAAAACAAGCAUUUGCAACUUGUUUUUGGUUUUUAAAACCCAUGAAGAUUCCUUCCCAAUUCACAUCUAACCUCAUCUUCUACACCAUUUGGCAACACCAUCAUCUUCUGCCUUCCUCCCUGGGCCCUCUCUGCUGCUGCAUGUCACCUGUGCUUCCAGCCUUUUCCGCAGGACAUUCCUAUAAGAGAAUGAUGUGCUGUGUGAGGAGUAAGUCAACCCCGCUGACUUUUGGCAUGUUCCCCUUCCACUGAGGGCAGUCGGUAGAGCUGCAGUAAACCACUUAAAAUGUUCGCUUUUGACAAAGGCAAGCACUUCAGGGUUUUUUGUUUUGUUUUUCAUUCAGUCUUACUAAUACUUUUCCACGGUUAAAAAAAAAAAAAAGUUAAUGAAGAAAAUGGAAAACAAGGAAGUCAAAGCAAGGAAACUGUAUGUAACAUGUAGGGAGUAAAUUAUAGUGAUGUAAUCUUGAAUUGUAAAUGCUUUUGAAUUUAAUAAUCUGUAGGAUAACUAGUAACAUGUUAAGUAUUUUCAAAAAUAUUUCUAAUUGGAUCUUCAUGGCAGAAGGCAAAUUCAUCCACCAAAAUUGUUCCUUAAAAAUUUAAAUCCUCAAUCCAGCUAUGUUAUAUUGAAAAAAUAGAACCUGAGGAAUCUUUACUAGUUAUAAAGAAACAGAACUCUUUCAAAACCUUUGGAAAUUAACCUGUCAUUAUAGCAGUAUAAUUGAGUUUUCAGUGGGGCAGUCAUCAUCAAGGUAAACCAAGAUAUUUUAAAAUCUGUCACAUAAGAACUUGAAUGUAUCUGCUGCCAUGAACCAAGACCAUUGAAUUUUUGGUUGAGGAAACAAACUUGACCAUAAAUCUUGACUACAGUCAGGGAAGGAAUCGUUUCUAUUUCGCCUCCAUGGGCGAAAAUAGAUAAGAGUAGAAACUGCAGGGAAAUUUAUUUGCACAACAAUUCCUCUACUAACAAUCAGCCCCUUGGUAGAGACUGCCCAGCUAAAGCAAUACGCAUUUAAAUGCACUCUUCCAUUUGCAAGGGAAAGGUCUCUUGUAAUUGAGUCUCUUUUUGCUUUCAAACUGCUAGUCAAGUGCAUCAGCUAGGGGUUGACUAGGGAUCGCUCAGCUGCCCCUCUGGGACCUGGUUCUGCCUCUACCUGACAUUCCCUUGGGCUCCCUGUAACCUCCAGGGAGGCCCUCGCUGCCAGCUCUUCAUCAGGACCCAGAGGAAGGGGCCAGGGCUCACGGACAGGCUGUGUGUUGGGAUCGAGUCUGUGCCAUGUGUUUGUGCUGUUGUGUGUCCCCCUCUGGUCGGGCACUGAGAUGCCAGCGAGAAGCUCCGGAGAGCCCUCUGCUUGUUAUUAGAGAUUACCUGCUGAGAAAAAAGGUUCAGCUUGGAGAAGAGGGGCUGAAUAGCCAAAGGUCACAACCCCCCCACCCAACCCCCAGCCUUAGAUAUUCUAAAUUUUUCCCUUGGAUCUUAUCUGAUCCUUCCAUGGUGUGAUCUUCUGUCAUUGUCACCAUGGGCUCCCUGACUGGAAGUUGAUUGCCUUUCUCAAGCGAUAGACCCUUUUCCAGCGGGAUUAGUAUCUGAGUGCUCUGAUCCUUCUACAGAGCUUCCCUGACCCAUUCUGAAGGAGCCCCAUUUCUGGGAAAUGCUCCCUAGAAACCUCCAGAUUCCCUAAGCAGACCACUGACAUGGCCAAGGUGACAAAACCAUGUUGAAAAUUUAUUUUGCAACCUCGCUGGACUCUCGGUCUCUGAGCAGUAAAGGGUUCAGUGUUAAAUGUGAUGAAUACUGUAUUUCGUAUUGUUUCCAUUGCAUCUCCCAGAUAAUGUGAAAGUGGUCCAGGAGAAGGCCGAUUCCUAUAUGCAGUGUGCUUUAAAAAUAAAUAAGAAACAAUUCUUGGAGAAAUAACAAUUUCUACUUUGAAGUCAUACCAAUGAAAAAAUGUAUAUGCACUUAUAAUUUUCCUAAUAAAGAUCUGUAUUCAAAC